AUGGCAGUUCAGAGGGAUUUGACGUUUAUUUAUCUACCAGCUGUGGAAGGACGCGACCAUCUGAAGAAUGACGUGUUCUUCUCAUCACGUGGUGAUCGUCCUAAUGCUAAUUUGGUGCUGUUUUGCGGAGAUGCACAGAAUGAAUUUAGCAUUAUGUCUGCUCAUCCGCAGUUUGGAGGCCUUGCAGAAAAGUGGAGCUUCGAGGCUGUAGCUAGUCUUCUUCUCAAUCGCCUCGAAGGUGUCUCUGGCGUUCACUUGUGGAUAGUACGUGCGUCACGGUGGUCUCUGGACACUUUCGCUUGCUACACCAACUUUGUACGCUACAGCGGCAACGGUGUGCCAGACUACUCGGGGAUUCACGGCAUCGGCGACACCUCUCCCGCCUGGCGUCACCUUGACGCUCUGCUGAAAAAUGCGGCGACUGCCGUGAAUGGUGCCUGUGCUGAGUUACCCUGUGCCAUCAUCGGUUUCUCGAAGGGAGGCUCUGUUGUCACCCAGCUCUUCUACGAGUUGGGCAUGUUCUUCGACCUCCCCGAAUUUUCAGAUAUCCACCUAACCUCCCAAGUAGUGUCAUUGACGUGGCUUGAUUCUGGACACAAUGGUGUGACACACUUGUGGCCAACAUGGACGAUACCACUUGCCCGACUCAGGCGCUAUCCUUCCCUUCCCAAGUUGUUCGUCUUCGCCACACCCUAUGAGCUGUGCGACGAAAACCGACCGUGGAAUAGUCGAGAUUUCGGGACUUUCAUACGUCUUCUGGAAGCCUUCAGGUUGCCCUACUACUCGGACACUUUUUACAAGGGCCACCAUUGGGACUACUCAUUUGAAUUUCCUCAAACGCUUCGUGUCAGUAUUAAUUCGCAUUUUGAGAUUCUGGCUUGUUUUCCCAUCCAACUUUGUAUGCCAACUUCCUCCAACGUGUUAUCUUGA